CGCGCGAGAGGACCCCAGCGCUGAUUCCACAGCGCACGCGUCACAAUAUCAAACUUUUUAAAACAGGACGAAAUGAAGCGACUCCGGCUCGUGCUUCUGACCGCGUUACUAUGGCAAUGCUGCCAUGCCCAGCAGAGAGGUCUGUUCCCGGCUGUGUUGAACUUGGCCUCCAUGGCAGAUAUCUCCACUAAUGCGACCUGUGGUUCCACGGGUCCGGAGAUGUUCUGUAAGCUGGUGGAACAUGUACCCGGCCAGCCCAUAAGAAACGCUCAGUGUCGAAUCUGCAACCAAAAGAGUACAACACCCACAGAACAACAUCCCAUAGAGUACGCCAUAGACGGGACAAACCGUUGGUGGCAAAGUCCCUCUAUCCAGAAUGGAAGAGAGUACCACUCUGUGACAAUCACUCUGGACUUAAAACAGGUUUUCCAGAUAGCCUAUAUGAUCAUAAAGGCAGCCAACUCCCCGCGCCCAGGUAACUGGAUCUUAGAGCGUUCAAUAGAUGGCGUCACCUUUGACCCCUGGCAGUACUACGCCAUGACAGAUACAGAGUGCCUGACGAGGUUCAACAUCAACCCGCGGACCGGAAAUCCAUCCUACACCCGAGAUGAUGAAGUUAUCUGCAUCUUUUAUUCAAAGAUCCAACCACUGGAGAACGGAGAGAUCCACGCGUCUUUGAUCAAUGGCCGGCCGAGUGCAGACGACCCCUCCCAGACCCUGCUGAACUUCACCUCCGCCCGCUACAUCAGGCUGGUGUUUCAGCGAAUCAGAACGCUGAACGCCGACCUCAUGACUCUGACUCAGCGUGACCCGAAGGAGGUCGAUCCCAUCGUGACGAGAAGGUACUAUUAUUCCAUUAAGGACAUUUCAGUGGGAGGGAUGUGUAUCUGUUACGGCCACGCCAAAGCUUGCCCGCUCAACACGGAUACUAAGAAGUUCAGCUGUGAGUGUGAACACAACACAUGCGGGGAAAGCUGUGAUCGUUGUUGCCCCGGUUACAACCAGCAGCCCUGGAUGGCGGGAACCUUCCUGACUCGACAUGUCUGCGAAAAGUGUAACUGCCACAAUAAGGCAGAGGAGUGCUCCUUUAAUCAGACAGUAGCAGACCUGUCACUCAGCCUGAAUGUCCAAGGUCAAAACAGAGGGGGCGGAGUCUGUAUCAAUUGCCACGACAACACAGCUGGAAUCAACUGUCAGACAUGUGCUGCGGGAUAUUACAGACCCGCCGAGGUGAGCGCUGAGGAGGAGGACCCCUGCAUCCCCUGCUCAUGUGACCCGCAUGGCUCUAUCAGCCUAUCAUGUGUCCCGGAUUCAAGCCAGGCUACUCCUCUUCAGCCAGCAGGGUCAUGCCGGUGUAAGGAGGGUUUUGGGGGUCUGCAAUGUGACAGGUGUGCUGUGGGUUAUAUGGGCUACCCGUCCUGCCAGCGCUGUAACUGCAGUGUGGAGGGAAGCGCCAACGCUGACCCGUGUGUAACACCGUGUGUGUGCAAGGAAAACGUGGAGGGAGGGAACUGUGACCGCUGUAAACUGGGAUUCUUCAACCUGCAAGGUUACAAUCCAAGAGGCUGCGACAAAUGCUCCUGUAUGGGCAUCUCCAGCCAGUGCUCGUCCUCCACAUGGUCCUAUCACAAUGAGACCACUCUGACGGGCUGGCACCUGCUUGGAGAAACAGGAGGAAGAGUGUGGUCCGUUCACAGACAGACUCCUCCAUACCUCAGCGUCCGACACUCAGACGUUGUGAAUGACCUCGGCUCAGCGUACUACUGGAACGCACCUGAGCUAUACCUGGGAAACAAGAUUUCAGCGUAUGGAGGGAGUUUGGUCUACACUGUGUCCUAUACUACAGACCAACAAGAGCCAAUGGCCAUCAGAGUCACCUCCCAACCCGACCUGAUCAUAGAGGGAGGCGGGAUCAAGAUUAUUGACAGAAGGUUCGGCCAACCGGUGUACCCGUCAUCGCCAAGCACCAAUCACAUUCCUCUUUCACCCGCUAACUUCCUGGUUGCAGAGAGCGCUCAGCCAAUCGGUCGCAGGGAUUUCUUGUCGGUGUUGGCCAACGUGACCAGAGUGAUGGUGCGGGCCUCUUAUAGCACAGAGACAAGCGCUGUGUACAGACUCCACUCAUUCUCUAUGGAGGUAGCCAAUCCCUCUGCUGGAGGAGAGAGGAGGGCAGCGGCUGUGGAGAGCUGCUCCUGUCCUCCUGGAUAUGCUGGAACUUCCUGUGAGACAUGCGUUCCUGGUUUCCGAAGGGUGAACGGGAAUCUGUAUAGCGGUGUGUGUGAAGCUUGUCGUUGCCACGGACACAGUACACAAUGCCAUGAGGUCACAGGACACUGCCUGGACUGCUCCCACCACACCUAUGGCCCUCACUGUGACACCUGUCUACCUAGUUACUAUGGCAACGCCACCCGUGGGUCACCUGCGGACUGCCAGCCCUGCGCCUGCCCGCUCAAUCUUCCUAGUAACAAUUUCAGCCCCACCUGCCAUCUCGGGAGAGAAGGGGAGCUGCUGUGUGACCAGUGCCAGCCCGGGUACACAGGACCACGCUGUGACAGAUGUUCCAACGGAUUCUUCGGCCGGCCCUCUGAGCCCGGGGGAUCCUGUGAGCCCUGCGAUUGCCAUGACAACCUGGACCUGUCCAUACCCGGCAGCUGCGAUCCAAUCACAGGCCAGUGUCUGCUCUGUCGUCAAGGUUACGGUGGCUCGUCUUGCGACAGUUGCGCUGACGGUUACCACGGAGAUGCGAUCACAGCGAAAAACUGCCAACCCUGUCAGUGUCACACUAAUGGCUCUGUAUCUGAGGUUUGCAACAAGGAGACUGGACGGUGCGAGUGCAAACAAAAUGUGGCUGGACGACAGUGUGACGAGUGCAUUCCUAACUGCUGGUGGGACGCUGAGCUGCAGGACUGUGUCCCCUGUGGCUGCAGCCCCCCCGGCUCCAUGUCUCAGCGCUGCGACGUCGAGGGCCGCUGCAUCUGUCGGCCCGGCUUUGUGGGCCGGCACUGUGACCUGCGUCGCCAAGGUUACGAGAGGCGGGAGACCCGAAGGCCGGUGGAGCGUGUUCCCCUCGCAGCCGUGCAUCAGAGAUGGGGGGGCUCCUCCCGCACGGGGGGGUGUCCCAGGGGGGCGUACAGGCCGAGCACAGGGCCUCAGACUCACGGCAUCAGCACCGGAGGAGUGUGUGUCCCGUGUCACUGUAACUCGUUCGGGUCCAAGUCGUUCGACUGUGAUGAAGCCGGUCAGUGUCGCUGCCAGCCCGGCGUCUCCGGACCCAAAUGUGACCGCUGCUCUCGAGGAUUCUUCAACCACCAGGAGGGCGGCUGCACACCUUGUCAGUGCAGUCAUGUGGGGAAUAACUGCGACACUACCACGGGGCAGUGCAUCUGUCCUCCAAACACCAUCGGAGAGAGGUGCGACAACUGCGCCCCCAACCACUGGGGCCAUGACAUCACCACCGGAUGCAAGGCGUGCGGCUGCAGCGGGGUCGGCGCGGUAACGCAGCAGUGCAACAUGAACACAGGCUGCUGCAUGUGUCGAGACGCCUUCAGAGGAGAGAAGUGCAUUGAAUGUCAAAUUGGAUACAGAGACUUUCCUCAGUGCACCCAGUGCGAGUGUGACGUCGCCGGGUCCGACAGCCAGACCUGCGACCUGGAGAGGGCCGUGUGCGCCUGCGCCGAUCGGACGGGGAAGUGUAGCUGCAAGGCAAAUGUGGAAGGACACAACUGUGAGGGCUGUAAGUCGGACACGUUCGGGUUGUCUGUUCAAAACCCUCACGGCUGCAGCAACUGUUACUGUUACGGUCUGACCAGCUCCUGCUCAGAGGCUCAGGGGCUCAUCAGGAUGUGGUUGGCGCUGAGGCCCGAGCAGACGGUGCUCCCUCUGGUGGAUAAAGCCAACACCGUGGAGACGAGGAGAGGAGUGACGUUCCAGCAUCCGGAGAUCAUCGCUCACACAGACGUGCUCACCUCAACUCUCUCUGAACCGUACUACUGGAAACUACCCGAGCAGUUCAGAGGCUCCAUGAUCACAGCAUAUGGUGGACAGUUGAAAUAUGCUGUGUACUUUGAGGCCAGAGAGGAAACCGGUCCUUCAUCCUACGAGCCUCAGGUCAUCAUUAAAGGCGGUCCUAACCGUAAUAUCCUGAUGACACGGCACAUACCGGGACUGCAGAUUGGCACGCUCACCCGCCACGAGAUCGACAUGACAGAGCACGAGUGGAAGUACGCAGAUGGCAGGUCCAUGACUCGAGAAGACUUCAUGGAUGUUUUGUUCUAUGUGGAAUAUAUCCUCAUUAAGGCUUCUCACGGAAACUUGAUGAGACACAGCCGUAUUUCAGAACUCAGUUUGACGGUGGCCGAGGAAGGCAGACCAAGCAAAGAGACCUUGAAAGCCCAUCAGAUAGAGAAGUGUGAUUGUCCAAUCGGAUACUCCGGAUUCUCCUGUGAGGAGUGCGCUGCAGGUUUUUACCGUCUUCGCUCCGGCUCCACAGCAUCUGCUCCUGCGUCCAGAGUGCCAACCGCUGCCGGCAUGGGCAGCUGUGUUCAAUGCCAAUGCAGUGGGCACUCUUCCACCUGUGACCCUGAGACAUCCAUAUGCCAGAAGUGCCAAGACAACACAGAGGGCGAUCGGUGUGAGCGCUGCGCUGCGGGUUUCUAUGGUGUGGUCCGAGGUUUCCAUGACGACUGUAAACCCUGCGCCUGUCCCCUCACAAACCCAGAGAACAAUUUCAGUCCAACGUGUGUAACAGAGGGAUACGAUGACUACAGAUGUACCGCCUGUCCUGAGGGAUAUGAGGGCAAAUACUGUGAGAGGUGUUCUACCGGUUACCAUGGUAACCCGCGGAUGCCAGGCGGCCACUGCGAGGAGUGUAAGUGUUCGGUGUGGGGGGCGCUGCCCGGACCGUGUGACCCGGUCACUGGCCAAUGCCGGUGCAGGGUCGGGGCAUCGGGGACGUCAUGUGACCAGUGCAUGGACCGGCAUGUGUGUGGAGCCGCUGGCAUCAUCUCAUGUGAUGAUGAGUGCUCGGGUCUGUUGAUCAGUGACAUGGACCGCCUGUACCGCAUCAUCACUGAGGUCACCCUGACGUCGCCCCUCCCACCACCUUAUAAGGUGUUGUACCGCUUCGAGAACAUGACGGAGGAACUAAAGCACAUGCUGUCACCUCAGAAAGCUCCGGAGAGAUUACUGCAGCUGGCCGACUCCAACAUGGGAUCACUGGUGGUUGAGAUGGACCAGCUACACAGCAGGGCCACCAAGGUGUCUGCUGACGGAGAGCAGGUGGAGGACGAUGCGGACAGGAUUCAUAAACGAGCUGAGGACCUGGAGCAGUUCAUCAGGGACACACUGCUGGGAGCUCGAGACCUCCAGUCCAAGGCUGCCGAGUUGAACCAAACUCUCUCUCGGAACGAUGGAACUCCAGAGAAAAGCCUGGAGGAGAUGAAGGAGGAGAUCCAGGCCAUGCUGGACGAGAUGAGAAAACGACAGCUGGGAGGGAAGAAGAACAUCGCCGACGAAGAGAUGGAAUUAGCAGAGGAGCUGUAUCAGAGAGUGAAGAGAUUAUUUGGCGACCCCCAUCAGGCCACAGAAGACCUGAAAGCAGAGAUAAAAGAGAAGCUCUCAGACCAUGAGGGGAAGCUGCAGGAGGCCCAGGAUCUGCUCCACUCUGCCCAGGGAAAGACCAGGGAGGCUGGAUCACUGGCUGAACAGAACAAGGCUAACCUCACAUCUCUGGAGAGGAAGAGCUCUGCAGUGAACGAGGUGAAACAGAAAGCACAGGAAGUCCUAGGAGAAGGAGAACGUUUUCUGGAUGAAGCUAACCAACUUUCUGAAAACAUCAACAAGGAGAUAGAGGAUUUGGAGGAGAUGGGCAGAGAGCUGGAUCCUCUUCAUGUGAAGCUGGAUGAUAAAGUCAAUCACCUCACCACUGGUUUGAAAGGCGGCGGCCUGGCCAAUCACGUGCACGAUGCAGAGGAACACGCCAAGCAGCUGAAUGAAUCUGCUGCCAUUUUGGAUAGUAUUUUGGCUGAAGCUAAAAACCUCUCCUUCAAUGCAACAGCUGCCUUCAAGGCCUAUAGCAACAUUAAAGCAAACGUUGAUGCAGCGGAGAGAGAUGCGAAGGCAGCCAAACAGAGUGCCAGUGAGGCUCUGGCUCUGGCUUUAGAUCCAGAGGUCCCAGUGAAGGAAGCCGCUCAGCAAGCCCUGCAGAAGAGCCACAAACUGCUGAACGAAGCCAAACAACUUCAAAAUGAUGUCAAAGAGAAUGAAGAUGGUGUGUCCGGGCUGAAGGGCAGAGUCAAAGCAGCGAGAGACAUGGCCAAAGACCUGCUGAAAGCUGUCAACGGAACCAUGGCGAUGCUCAACUCUAUCCCCAAUGACACAGCAGCUAAGCUAGCAGCCACAAAGGCUGUAGCAGCAGAUGCUAACGCCACCGCCAUCGACGUCCUGGAGCGCCUCGGGGAUUUGAACCUGCAACUCCAUGGCCUCCAGAGUAACUACAGCGAUCUGGAGGACACCGUCAAAGCAGCCAAUGACAUGAUCCAGGACCCGGAGAAAAACACCAUCAUCCACGCUGCAGGAGCUAAAGUGAAGGACUUAGAGGAUGAAGCUGAUAGGCUGUUGGAGAAGCUGCAGCCAAUCAAAAAGCUGCAGGACAACUUGAGGCGUAACAUCUCUCAAAUCAAAGAACUGAUCAACCAAGCCAGGAAACAAGCUAACUCGAUCAAAGUGUCAGUGUCAUCAGGUGGUGACUGUCUCCGUAGUUACCGCCCUGAUAUCAGGAAAGGGAGGUACAACACCAUCAUCCUCCACGUUAAAACCACCACACCCGACAACCUGCUCUUCUACAUGGGAUCAGCCAAAUAUGUUGAUUUCCUUGCCUUGGAGAUGCGUAAGGGGAAGGUGAAUUUCCUUUGGGACGUGGGUUCGGGUGUGGGGAGGGUCGAAUAUCCCCAUCACACCAUCCACGAUGGGAACUGGCACAGAAUAGAGGCGUCUCGUAAUGGGUUGAAUGGCACCAUAUCAGUUUAUCCUCUGGAGGGCUCCAUGGCGGGUAUGAUGCCGACCCCCGCCAGCGCCAACUCGCCCACGACCUUCACCAUCCUGGACGUGGACCAGAACGCCUACCUGUUUGUGGGAGGGAUACUCGGCACCGUCAAGAAAGCGGACGCAGUGAGAACAAACACCUUCACAGGUUGCAUGGGGGAGACCUUCCUGGACGGGAAACCUAUUGGACUGUGGAACUACAGAGAGAGACAGGGAGACUGUAAAGGAUGUGUCGUCAGCCCCCAGCGGUCGGAUGUGGAGGGGACGGUUCAGCUGGACGGGGAGGGCUACGCCGCGGUGGGACGUCCCACCAGGUGGAACCCAAAUGUUUCCAGCGUGACCUUUAAGUUCCGCACAUUUUCCUCCGAAUCCCUGCUCAUGUAUCUGGCUACUGAAGAUAUGAAGGACUUCAUGUCUCUGGAGCUGUCCGAGGGGAAGGUGAAGGUGAACUUUGACCUUGGCUCAGGAGUCGGCAGCGCCCUCUCAGCCAGCCGGCACAACGACGGACACUGGAAGUCCCUCACCAUGUCACGGAACAAGAAACAAGCCACGGUGACCGUAGUGGACAUCGACAGCGGUGCUGAGGAGAAAAUAGUGACGACGUCUCAGGGCGCGGCGACAGGUCUGAACCUCAAAGAACACCAGAAGAUCUACUUUGGAGGGCUGCCUACCAUUGGAAACUAUAGCAUGACAGCCAGGUCAGAGGUCACUCUGAAGCGGUAUGCUGGCUGUCUUCGGGAGAUUGAAGUCUCCAGGACUCCUUACAGUCUCCUCAGCAGCUCAGAUUAUACCGGGGUCACCAAAGGAUGUAAUGCAGAGAACCUGUACACGGUCAGCUUCUCUAAGCCGGGCUACAUGGAGCUGGGCGGCCUGUCGAUGGCGGUCGGCACGGAGAUCAGCCUGUCGUUCAGCACUCUGGCCGACACUGGGACCAUCCUGCUGGCUGUGGGCGGGGCUUCACCUGUCAUCAAGCAGGCCCGCAACUCAAACCUCCUCAGCACUAAGAGGAGACGCAGGCAGUCUGGAGAGCCCUACCUCUCAGUCAUGCUAAACAAAGGCUCUCUGGAGGUGUUGAUGUUUACCGGCAGCCACAGUCCGCGUCGUGUCAUCAGACGAGCCGAGCAAGGCGCACUGAAUGAUGGGAGAGAGCACUCGCUGCGCAUAGAGAGGCAGCCUGGCAGAUCUUUUGCAGUUCAGGUGGACGAGGAGGCCAAGAGGGAGGCAGCGCUCCCCAACGACCAGCCUGUGAGCCUGAAGCGCGUCUUCCUCGGUGGUAUUCCUGCAGAAGUAGAGCAGACGUCCAACAGAGCCAACAUCCCAUUCCAGGGAUGCAUAUGGAACCUCAUGGUCAACGCUGUUCUCUCAGAUUUCUCCCUGCCUGUGUCCUUUGAGAACGCUGAAAUCGGACAGUGCCCCAACAUCGCCCCUCCGCCAGUUCCUCUUGCACUGCCUGAGGAAGAGGAGCCCGAGGAGGAAAAGGAGGUGUCGAAGCCUCUCAGUCCUCCUUUGACCCCGACACCAGCCCCAGGUCCUCCUGCUGAGGCCACGCCCCCUCCUGCUGCCACGCCCACUGCUGCUGCAGCUCCGCCCACCGCCAAAACGGAGCCCAGCGCUGACUUGGACUCGUGUGCGUCAGCUGUGGCCCCGGCCGCUCUGGAGAAGGCUUAUCAGUUCGGACUGACCAAGAACAGCCACAUGAGCUUUGCCUUUGAAGACGCCAAAGUCAGAGAGAGGUUAAUAUUGGAGUUUGAGCUGAGGACGAAGGAGGAGUCUGGUCUCGUUCUCUACAUGGCAAGAAUCAACCAUGCUGACUUUGUCACCAUCCAGAUCAAAGACGGACAGGUGUGUCUGGGGUAUGAUCUCGGUCAUGGAAACAUCUCUGGCUGCGUCCCCUUCUCCAUCAAUGAUGGGAACUGGCACAAGAUCCGUGUGAGCCGUGUGAAGCAGAGAGGUCUUCUCAUGGUUGAUGGGCGAUACAGCAAACAGAUGAUCAGUCCAAAGAAGGCUGACCUGUUGGACGUGGUGGGACUCCUGUAUGUUGGUGGAUUUCCGACAAACUACACAAGCAAGAGAAUAGGACCGAUUCUCUACAGUAUCAAUGGAUGUAUUCGUAACAUGAAGAUGGUUGGAGGUGCUGUAAGCGCUAAGCCAGGUGCUACAGGCCGCGCUGAGGCUGUCAUUGAGGACUUUAAAUUGGACAUGGCCACGCCUUCCUCCAGUCACAUGGUGGGAAGAUGCUUUGUUGCUACGGAGACGGGCACCUACUUUGAAGGCACUGGCUUCCUGAAAGCAGUCUCUUCCUACAGAGUGGGUCUGGAUGUGUCGAUAGCCUUAGAGUUCAGGACCAGCAGAACCAAUGGGGUGCUUUUGGGCAUCAGUAACCAAGCCAACGAUGGACUGGGACUAGAGAUUGUCGAGGGCAAGCUGCUCUUCCACGUUGACAACGGAGCUGGACGAAUCACAGCGGAGCACGUGCCUGAGGGCGAGGGCUUCUGCGACGGCCAGUGGCACUCGGUCACUGCCAAGAAGCUGCGGCACCGCGUGGAGCUGGUGGUGGACGAGAAGCAGAGCCAAUCAGAGAGCCCCAACGCUCGCUCCAACACGUGUGACACAAACGACCCCAUCUACGUCGGAGGAUAUCCAGGUGGAGUUCGGCAGGCGGCUCUCUCCACCAGCACUUCCUUCAGAGGUUGUAUGAGGAACCUGAAGAUCACCAAAGCUUCUAAGACCAUGGAGGUGCAGUUCAACAAGGCUCUGGAGAUUAAAGGAGUGCAGCCUCUCUCCUGUCCCGCUGCAGCUGCAUAACUGCUACCUUAGAGCUUCCCCUUUGUUGUCCACUCAACAAGGGGCUACACAUGUUCAAAUCUUGCCGCUCUUCUCAUUUCUUUGUUUGGUCUCCUCUAUCGCCCUGCCUUUGACCCAGAAAUGUAUCUCAGUGUACUUUUGAAGGAAGGAUGUCUCGAGCAGAGUAUGGAUAGGUGUAUUCUUUCAUAAUCGUUGACAUAGAAAGUGGCGUGACAAUGGACAGAUUACAGUUACAUUUAAUUGACUAAAAUGAUUGCUCCAAAGCAUAGAUGUCUUAUUUUUUGGUUGCCUCGACUCCUAUCUCCUCAUGUCUCUUCCUUGCUUCCUGUUGCUUCAGUAAGACACAAGAAAAGGAUGCACAAUCAGAGAAAUGAGAACAGCCCUCAGCCUUUAAACCUGCACUUCACAAUGUUUUUAUUUCAGUGUGUAAAGCCCUCUUUGCAAGUUACCUGGUGCAGUUUUGAAGAAGGUAACAGACUUUUAACAACGUUUUAGCACCCUCCAAACGUUAACCCUUACAUUUUCAGAGACCCUGACUUAAUGUACAUUGUAAGACUCUGGACAAUAAAUCUUAUCAUGGCUACACAU